CAGGCGUGGUCCCUGUCUGCACUCAGUGUUCUGGCAGGUGCAGCCGCCGCGGGGCCGGAUCCUCGGCGCUGCAGAGCCCGUCUCCUGGGAAAUGGGGCGGGCUGUGUUUCCUUGACCGACUAUUGUGAGCGCCCCCUCUCCAGCAGAGCGGAGACCAUGGACCCCCCUCAGGGCCCCCGGGCUCCACUGGAAUUCGGUGGCCCCAUGGGCGCCGCGGCUCUGAUGCUGCUGCUGCCUGCCACUGUGUUCCAUCUGCUCCUGGCGGCCCGCUCGGGCCCCGCGCGCCUCCUGGGCCCACCAGCGUCACUGCCAGGGCUGGAGGCGCUGUGGAGCCCACGGGCGCUGCUGCUAUGGCUCGCCUGGCUCGGCCUGCAGGCGGCGCUCUAUCUACUGCCGGCGCGCAAGGUGGCUAAGGGGCUGGAACUGAAGGACAAGAGUCGCCUGCGCUAUCCCAUUAACGGUGCCUGGGGAACGGGCCCUCGCGCUGGAAUUGUGCGGCCGGGGGUGGAGCUCCAGGCCUGGCGGGGAGGUCCACGGAGAUUGGCCCCCACCCCAGGCUUCCAGGCCCUGGUGCUGACCGCUCUGUUGGUGGGGCUGGGGAUGUCGGCGGGGCUGCCUCUGGGGGCGCUCCCGGAAAUGCUCCUGCCCUUGGCGUUUGUCGCCACCCUCACCGCUUUCAUCUUCAGCCUCUUUCUCUACCUGAAGGCGCAGGUAGCCCCAGUCUCGGCCCUGGCACCUGGGGGUAACUCAGGCAAUCCGAUUUACGACUUUUUUCUGGGACGGGAGCUCAACCCUCGUAUCUGUUCCUUCGACUUCAAAUAUUUCUGUGAACUGCGGCCUGGCCUCAUCGGCUGGGUCCUCAUCAACCUGGCCCUGUUGGUGAAGGAGGCAGAGCUUCGAGGCAGUCCCUCACUGGCCAUGUGGCUGGUCAAUGGCUUCCAGUUACUCUAUGUGGGUGAUGCCCUCUGGCACGAGGAGGCUGUCCUUACCACCAUGGACAUCACACAUGACGGGUUUGGCUUCAUGCUGGCAUUUGGGGACAUAGCUUGGGUACCCUUCACCUACAGCCUGCAGGCCCAGUUUCUGCUGCACCACCCACAGCCCCUAGGGUUGCCCAUGGCCGCUAUCAUCUGCCUCAUCAAUGCUAUUGGUUACUACAUCUUCCGUGGGGCGAAUUCCCAGAAAAACACUUUCCGAAAGAAUCCUUCUGACCCCAGAGUGGCUGGGCUUGAGACCAUCUCUACAGCCACAGGGCGGCAGCUGCUAGUGUCUGGGUGGUGGGGUAUGGUCCGCCAUCCCAACUACCUUGGAGACCUCAUCAUGGCUCUGGCUUGGUCCUUACCCUGCGGGGUGUCACACCUGCUGCCCUACUUCUACCUCCUUUACUUCACCGCGCUGCUGGUGCACCGUGAGGCCCGGGAUGAGCAGCAGUGCCUGCAGAAGUACGGCCUGGCCUGGCAGGAAUACUGCCGGCGUGUGCCUUACCGCAUCAUGCCCUACAUCUACUGAAGCGGCUCCACCACCCCAGGUCGGGGCAUGUGCCCACUCAUCCAGCACACCCAGGACCAGGAGACAGGGCACACUCAGGACUCAGGGGCUUGCACCCCACCCAGCCCUGAGGAUGAACAGCCUCAGAGAAGAGGCAGUUUAGAGCGAGGAAAAAAUGAAACAAGUGACCAAAAUCA